UUGAGAUUAUUUCAACCAUACUUGGUCUCGUUAAACUAUAAACUAGGCCAUGGAAAGGGGCUUCACGAUAAGAGAUCUACAGUUGAAGUUUGUCUAACGAAACUAGUAAUUAGGGCAAGGAAAUGUCCGCCGUGCUGCGCCAAUGCAUGUUGGCGAACUUCACAUCAUCAUCAUCAUCAUCAUCAUCAUUACAGCCCUUCACAAGUCCACUGCUGA